AUCACCAAUCAUCGCAAUACUAGCAUAAAAUUUGCGCGUAAAAGAAUGCCAAAACUUGAGUAAAUGUUUAAAUAAUAUAACACGUCUUAUAAAAACUAACAGGAAAUGUGAGCACAACCAACUACAUUUAGAAUCUACUUAUUAGAUGUAUUAAAAUGUAAGUUUUCUGCUGCAUCAGAGACAUUUGUGCGUUUUCUUUUGUGUUCGUUCGUCGUCUGCGCGCACGGUGCGCUUCAUUGACUUUUUGAGCGAGUGUAAAUCGUAAAAAAGAAUCAAAACUUAACCAAAUAACACGGUUUUACAAAACAUUACAUUGAAUACAAGUGAUUUGCGGAGUACUUUAAUGCAGUGAUCAGACAAUCGGAAUAAUCUCAUAUUUUGGCAGCAGCUGCAUUUCGGUUUCGUGCAAAAAAGGAAACAGAGAUACAAACAGAAGCGGGACCGAAACAGAGAAGCAGAAGCAGAAACAGAAACAGGCGCCUGUGACCGUCCAUAUGGUCUGCAAAUGCAGGAGCCUGUUAAUGUGCCAAUCUGACUGACUAGCUGUCUGUGUUUGUGAUUAGUGCAUGUGUGUGCACUCAAAUAAACAAUCGACUGUAACAACAACAAUAAUAAUAAUAACAUACAAUUAAUACAAUGAAUCCGGCCGAGCUGCGCAUGAUGUGGAUGAGUAGUCAGUACAAUUCCGAGCGCAUUUCACUGGAGGAUGCAGCUACUCUGCUUGGCCACUCAACCGUCGGUCUCUCGGUUAUGGAGGAUAUGACACAUCAGCCAACAUUGGAUAUGAAUCCAAUGAUGAGCAUUGUUGGGGGGGAUUUCACGGGACAAGCUGCAGCGGCUGCUGCGGCAUUGGGCGUGCAACCUGCAACACUUAUUGCCACAAACACAAACAACCUAUAUGGCUUUGCCCACAUGGGCGGAUUGCAACACCAGUUGUUGCAACAAACGGCAGCAGCGGCUGUCUUUCAAAAUUAUACCGAAGUUAUGGACGGCGAUGAUGGGAAUAAUGGUAAUGGCGGCGUUGCAUUGAUGGGCGUCGGCUCAUCCGCGGUUGAUGAUGAUCAGCAGCAGGUUUAUGGCCAAUUGGAUGAUGGCUAUGAUGAUGGCGGCGCCAGUGGUGGCAUGUCUGAUCUGGAGCCCAAACAGGAGAUCAUUAAUAUUGAUGAUUUUGUCAUGAUGAACGAGGAUAACAAUUCAUACGAUGGUACUGAUUUUAUGACCUCCUCGGAUAAGGAUAUAUCACAAUCCUCCUCAUCGUGCAUGACAAAUAUGCAGAAUCAUGAUCUUCUCGUGCCCCUCGGUGAUGGUUUAAUGCACCAUAAACUGUUGGGAACCACGCAUGCCAUGAUCAAUGCAUCGACGGCACCAUCUCUGCCCGGCAUGAGUUUAUCCGCCAGUGGCAAUGCCUUUACCAAUAUCCUAGUGGCCUGCGAUGAUACGACUGGUGCGGUCAGUACCAAGGGUAUGUCCUCGAAUUGUGGUAAAGGUGCCAAUGCCAGCACCAGUUCCAGCUCCAGUUCAUCCAUGCGCGCCCAGCGUAAGACUCGCAAAAUCGAGCCAGUGAAUAGACCAGGACUUGUGCUUAAAACACCGAUUGCCUACAAGGGCAACAUUGAUCCCUCGGUAAUUCCGAUACAGAAAGAUGGCAUGGCUGUCUGCGAACGUUGUGGCGCCAUCGGAGUGAAGCACACGUUUUACACGAAAUCCCGUCGCUUCUGCAGCAUGGCCUGUGCCCGUGGUGAACUCUAUUCGCUGGUUCUCAAUAGCAAAAUGGAUGCACCCCAUACGGCGAGCAGUUCGCCGGCACCUGCCCUUGAGAUGUCAGAGACGACGGCGUCAGCGGCAUUGGAUGCCGUUGGAAGUAUUGCAUCUGAUCAGGAACAGGAGCAACAACUACAACAACAACAGCAGCAACAGUCGGACAUUGAGUUGACACUGCAGGCAGCACAUAUCAAGAAUGCCAAUUAUCGUUUUCGUAUCACGGAUCAGUCAAAGAUUACACAACUAAAUGGAUUUGGUGAACCAAUGUCAUUGGGCGGCGAUGCCGCUGCCAACAAUGUUCAGAUGGCAACGGAUGAAACAAUUGCAGCACUAAAUGGUGGCGCUGUUGGAGAUGCUGCUGCGCCUCCGGCUGAAGCCAGUGGCAGCAGUGAUGGCAACACAUUUCUGAAUGCAGCGCCGACGCCAAAGGCAUUGAGGUUAUUUCGUGAUGUCUUUCCACAGGAUGAUCUACCCCAGAUCCCAAAAUACGAACGUCUUCCGGCUCCGUGUCCUCAGAUGGAAAAGAUCCUAAGUAUAAGACGGAGAAUGUAUGAUCCGACGCACUCCUAUGAUUGGUUACAACGACUGGGAAAGGAGAGUUUCUUUGCAGCUCCUGUUACCUGCUUUCCUCACGCACCUGGCUACGAGGUGUGGGACAAUCUGGGCGUUGGCAUGAAGGUGGAGGUGGAAAACACCGAUUGCGAUAACAUUGAGAUCAUUCAGCCAGGACAGACGCCCACAUCAUUUUGGGUGGCCACGAUACUCGAGAUAAAGGGCUACAAGGCGCUAAUGAGCUACGAGGGAUUCGAUACGGACUCGCAUGACUUUUGGGUGAAUCUCUGCAAUGCCGAAGUCCAUUCAGUUGGCUGGUGUGCCACACGUGGUAAGCCAUUGAUACCGCCCCGCACCAUCGAGCGUAAGUACAAGGAUUGGAAGGAUUUUCUCGUCGGACGAUUGUCCGGAGCACGCACAUUGCCAUCCAAUUUCUAUAACAAGAUCAACGAUAGCUUGCAAUCGCGCUUUCGUCUCGGUCUGAAUCUCGAGUGCGUGGACAAGGAUCGCAUCUCACAGGUUCGCCUGGCUACAGUCACCAAGAUUGUGGGCAAGCGCUUGUUCCUGCGCUACUUUGACUCCGACGAUGGCUUCUGGUGUCACGAGGAUUCCCCCAUUAUUCACCCCGUCGGCUGGGCCACCACAGUUGGCCAUAACCUAGCUGCACCUCAAGACUAUCUGGAGCGGAUGUUGGCGGGUCGGGAGGCCAUGAUUGAGGUACAUGAGGACGAUGCCACCAUAGAGCUUUUCAAGAUGAACUUCACCUUCGAUGAGUACUAUUUGGAUGGCAAAACGAAUGGAUUUAUGGAGGGCAUGAAGCUGGAGGCAGUUGAUCCACUUAACCUGUCGUCAAUUUGUCCAGCCACGGUGAUGGCAGUCCUCAAAUUCGGCUACAUGAUGAUACGCAUCGACUCGUAUCAACCGGAUGCCUCAGGGUCAGAUUGGUUCUGCUACCACGAGAAGUCGCCGUGCAUCUUUCCCGCUGGCUUCUGUGACUCCAAUAACAUAACUGUGACACCCCCCAAUGGCUACGAUGCACGCACCUUCACCUGGGAGGGAUACCUACGCGACACGGGCGCUCUGGCGGCUGGUCAACAUUUGUUCCAUCGCCUGGUGCCGGAUCAUGGCUUUGAGACGGGAAUGAGCCUAGAAUGCGCUGAUCUCAUGGACCCGCGACUGGUGUGUGUGGCAACAGUGGCCCGUGUCGUUGGUCGACUGCUCAAGGUGCACUUUGAUGGCUGGACCGAUGAGUAUGAUCAAUGGCUGGAUUGUGAGUCAGCUGACAUUUAUCCCGUCGGCUGGUGUGUGCUCGUGGGCCACAAACUGGAGGGACCACCACGUGCCUCGCACCAGCAGGUGAUUAAGCCAGCACCCAAACCCAAGGUACCAAGGAAGCGGAAGACAAAGAAGGGCGGCAAUGGAGCAACUGGCGCUGCCAGCAACAAGCAAAUGCCACAUGACAACAAUAUGCAAACAGAAACAGCAGUUAAGCCGCGAACGAUUGCAUUGAAAACGACACCGCACUUGCCGAAGCUGAGCAUCAAGUUGGAACUGAAGCCGGAGCAUCAUAAUCCCGCCUUCUAUGAGAACAACCAGCCCGAGGAUGAGGAUGAAGAGGAUGGCAUUGCUGAAGACGAUCUCGAUGGCGACGGCAGCACCAGUCACAUGUCCGAGCAGUCAACCACACACUCCGAACAGCUUGGGACAAUGGCAGCCACAGCUGUCGCAGGAGUCGGAGCUGGAGCGGCAGCCGGUGCCAACAGCACGGUAACUCCAAUAACCGGCAAAACAAUGGUAAAGAAAUCUUCCACUACUAAAUCUCCUGCGCCACCAACUGUGGGUCGCAAAGCCACUAGCUACAUUGCGAACUCGUCCGUGACAAACAGCAAGUACAUUCCACGUCUGGCUGACAUCGACUCGAAUGAGGCGCAACUGGAGCUGAUGCCGGAUUCAUGGAAUGUCUAUGAUGUAUCACAAUUUCUGCGGGUUAACGAUUGCACCGCACAUUGUGACACUUUUAGCCGCAAUAAAAUCGAUGGCAAGCGUCUAAUGCAAUUGACCAAGGAUGACAUAAUGCCACUGUUGGGCAUGAAAGUGGGACCUGCGCUUAAAAUCUCUGAUCUAAUUGCGCAACUCAAGUGCAAGAUUAAUCCCAGCAAGGCCAGAUCACACAAGAACAACAAAUCACCAUUUUUAUAGUGCGGAAUCCAACCCGAUCCCAACCAGAAACCGAAACAGAUAAAACCGAACCCGAUUCAAUGUUUAACAAAGCCAAGCGUAGUCGUAUUAUACAUAUUUUUUUUUUUCCAAAAAAAAAAAAUGAAAGCAAAACAAACACGAUUGUUAUCACCGAUAGAUGCACGCAUCUACCCGUGCAUAUUAUGAUUAUAUAUAGCUGUAUAUAUAAUACAGUAUUUUGUUAGCACUUGAAAUCGAAACACAUACGUUGCCUAUAAUGGAUUCAAUAUCCAUAUACAGUUUGUAUAACUAACUCAAGUCUUACAGCGCGUUAAUAUAUCUAGAUAUAUUUAUAUACACAUAAGUAUAUAAGUAAAUAUAUAUACUUAUCGCCGUAGUCUUAAAUGUACGCUCAUGUUAUCAGUCAGAGUUUCUAUAAAUUGGGAUAAUACAUUUUUAUCAUACACACAAAACACACACAUAUUUUUUAUAAUAGCAACAAAUCUAAAUUGAUAAUGCAACAUAUGUAUAUAAUCAUAUACAUACAUAGACACAAAACAUAAAUACAUAUGAAUAUAUAUAUAUAUAAAUCGGUUAAUUGUAUAUAGAAUUUGUAUUCUUCAGUCGCCAGUAAACCAGGCAGCAUCUCAAGAGCAAAACGCAUCCAGUUAAGCGAGAUUAGCCGCUCCUAGUCCGUAAGCCAACAAAUCUGCAAAAAGCCCCAACAAAUUGCAGCAUAUAUUGUUUAUUUUGAAUCCAGCAACUGCAUGAAUUAAGUAUGUACUAUUAAAAAAUUAAGCACUUCAAGUGAAGGCAACCUUAAAAUUAGAUUACCAUUGUAUCUAGAGAUAUAUGCUUAAGGUAUCAGUUAAUAAUGUCUAAAACAUAUAUCUAAUAAAAAAGAGUUAAAAAUUGCAACUAUAACGAAA